AAGCCAUGUUGCUUGUGGGCGGGAGCUGGUGGUUGGGAAGCCGGCGAUCGCGGUGAGCUGUAGCUGCUGCAUCUGGCGGGGUAGGAGGGGAGGCGGGGACCGACCCUUCCCCACCCCCCAGUCCCCGGAGUCACAGCUCCCCGAGAUCUUGUCCCCGCUCUUAUCUGGGAGUCUCGUUUUCCUAGAUCCAGUGACUAUUUCUGGUGGAAAGAGAAGGAUGCCUCUUUUCUUCCGAAAAAGGAAACCCAAUGAUGAAGCUCGGAAACGCUUUGAAUACCAGAUGUGUCUGGCAAAAGAAGCUGGGGCAGAUGACAUUCUUGACAUCUCUAGAUGUGAGCUCUCAGAGAUUCCAUUUGGGGUUUUUUCAACAUGCAAAGUACUUCAGAAGAAGGUGUUGAUUGUUCAUACAAAUUGCCUCACUUCCUUGGUUCCCAAAUCUUGCAGCCUUCUGAGCCUUGGAACAAUCAAGGUUUUGGACCUUCAUGAUAACCAGCUAACAGCUCUUCCCGACGCUCUUGGACAGUUAACAUGUCUUCAGGUCUUGAAUAUUGAAAAAAAUCAGUUGAAAUGUCUUCCACAGUCCAUCGGGGACCUGGCCCAACUCCAGACUCUCAAUGUGAAAGAUAACAAACUGAAGGAUCUGCCUGACACCUUAGGGGAACUUCGUAGCUUGCGCACUCUGGAUGUCAGUGAAAAUCUGAUACGGAGACUGCCCCAGAUGCUGGCUCAUGUCCGCACCCUAGAGACUCUGAGCCUCGAUGCUGCAUCCAUGGUCUAUCCACCUGAGGCUGUGUGUAGUAUGGGUACGGAGGCCAUUCAGCAGUUUCUUUGCAAAGAAUCUGGGCUUGAGUACUACCCACCCUCCCAGUUUUUGCUCCCAGUGUUGGAAAGAGAUGGAGGAGAGACUUCGGUGGAUAGUACUGACGGACUAAUUUGCAGCUAUGUAAAGGAGGAGACGGAGUGGCAGAAUAAAUUCUUAGAUUAUGAGAAGAGAAAGGAACAGAAGAUGCUGGAGAAGUUAGAAUUUGAACGUCGCCUAGAAAUUGGGCAGCGGGAGCAUGCCCAACUCCUCCAGCAAAGCAGCAGUCAAAAGGAUGAGAUACUGCAGACCGUCAAAGAGGAGCAGUUUCGGUUGGACAAGGGCCUGUGUGAGCAUCAGCGCUACCUGGAUGGAGAGCGUCAGCGUCUACAGAAACAGCUGAAGCAAACAGAGCAGAGCAUCUCAAGCCGGAUUCAGAGGCUCCUGGAAGAUAAUCAGAAACAAAGGAAAAAUUCUGAAAUCUUGAAGUCACUAGAAAAUGAGAGGAUAAAGAUGGAGCAACUAAUGGCCAUAACCCAGGAGGAGACGGAGAGUCUGCGCCAAAGAGAGGUUGCCUCUGCCAUGCAGCGGAUGUUGACAGAGAGCUGCAAGAAUAGAUUUAUUCAAAUGACCUAUGAGUCUCAAAAGCAAAGUCUGGUCAAGCAAGCCUGUUCCAGCAUGGCCCAAAUGGAUGAGAGAUUCCAGCAGAUCCUGGCUUGGCAGCAGAUGGAUCAAAACAAAGCCAUCAGCCAGAUUUUGCAGGAGAGUGAAAUGCAGAAAGCUGCCUUUGAAGCCCUUCAAGUCAAAAAAGAUCUCAUGCACAGGCAGAUCAGAAACCAGAUUAAGUUAAUAGAAACUGAGUUAUUGCAGUUGACACAGCUGGAGUUAAAGAGGAAAGUCCUGGACACAGAGGCACUGCAGGAAAUGAUCUCGGAGCAGCGCCAGGCCCUCAGCUCUCUGCUGCAGCUGCUCCUCAAAGAGAAGAGCCAGAGAGAGGAGGAGCUGCAAGGGAUCUUGCUGGAGAUGGAAGCCAAAAGUGAAACCACGCAGGAAAACUACUGGCUGAUUCAGUAUCAACGCCUUUUAAAUCAGAAGCCCUUGUCCCUGAAGCUGCAGGAAGAGGGCUUGGAGCAGCAGCUGGUGACCCUGCUGGUAGAGCUUUCAGCCGAACAUUAUCUGCCCAUCUUUGCUCACCAUCGAGUCUCACUCGACAUGCUGAGUCACAUGAACCCUGGUGACUUGGCCAAGAUGGGCAUUUCUGAAACUGGUCUGCAGCAUGCACUGAUCAGGAGAGCCCAAGAGCUGCUGGAUAUGGCGAAAACACUGCCAGGAUUGCUGACGUCUGUUGAAGGUGAGGGCCUGGAGGCCCUGGAACCUGCCUCUGCAGAGGAGUCUCCUGAGGCCGUGACUCCCACAGCUCCCCCAGCACAGGCAGAUGUGCAGGCUUCAGAAUGCGUCGUGUGUCUAGAGCGGGAGGCCCAGAUGAUUUUCCUCAACUGUGGUCAUGUCUGCUGCUGUCAGUCCUGUUGCCAACCCCUUCGAACCUGCCCACUAUGUCGCCAGAACAUCGUGCAGUGUCUCCGCAUCUACCACAGUGGCUAGGCUGGGGAAUAGACUGUUCCUAGACCCUAGAAUGGCUCACAAUUGUUCCCUGGCUUAUACCAGGCUGCUGGUAUGAGACUAGGGGCCUUGCUUCUCCUUCCUCUAAUCCCCUAUCAGAGAUAGCAUGUGGCCUCUUCCUCACAGCUCCUCUCUCGCCAGCUGGGAGGAUGGGCUCUGAUUGCCAAGCACUUUUUUUCUUCCUAGGAUAAAUAAUUUGCUAGUUUAUACAUGCUUCCCUCAUCACCAGGCCCAUGAAGAGGCUGGGUAUAUAGGGUGCUUCUAGAAACAGGAGUCAGAGGUUAGUGUAGUUUUGGGAGAUGAGAUACUAUAGAACUCUCAUCUCAGAACAGGAGCAGAAAACUUCCUUACAGCUCCCACAAAGACUGAAGGAACAGGACCAGCUUACCUGUUCCCUUGCCUAUACUAGCAACACAGGAGUUGAGGGAUGUUAGAACACAUUUAGAUCAGGAUUUUGACCUACUGUGCCAUCAGAAACUUGGAGUUUACUCCCACUGGCUGUCAAUAUAGGCUUUUCCUCAGGGUAUUAAAAGCCCUGCCUUAGAAGACUCUAGAAAAGAGUCACUGGAGGAAGGGAGGGCUAAAGAUUCAGUGAAGGCAUGGAGGGCCUCCGUAGGUGAGACUCCUGUUUAGUCUUGCCUGGAGGGAGAAAUGACAUCCUUUGUAUGUCUGGCUGGUCUGCAUCUUUGCUUCAAAGGGAAGACCCAGUGAAGGCUUGGAGAAUCUGUUGGCAAGAUUCCUGGUUGGUCUUAACCAGAUGUGGAAAUGACACCCUGUUAUCUGUAUGUCUGACUGUUCAAUGUCUCUGCUUCAAGGAGAUGCUUUCCUAGGUGUGGACAGUUGAGCUGGGUGCUAAAGUGAACAGACCACCUGUGUGCCGUGGGCCCCUUGGGGAAUGGUCGCUAUGGGGUGAUUGACCCAUUCCACAAAGUAUAAGGUGCCGUGUUCAGCCCAGAAAGCCCAGCCUGCUCUAGAUAGGGCUCCAGGAAGAAGUGAGUCUGCUCUGAGACCCAGCUCUGCGCGUCUCCUGUUUUAUCUGGGGUACACCCAGGGGGUGGCUACCUACAUUGCAGACUGAGAACGGGCAGCCAGCGGGGGCCAUACCUGGGCACACCCAGCAACGUCCAUCACUUCCUGUGCGGUCCUUUCUUUCUCCUUAGUAGGUAGAGCCGCUUGUACUGUCCCUCAUACUUCAAAUCCCUACUGCAGUGCAUGAGCACUGAAGGUGAGCUCUUAAGUCUCAAAACAAAUAAAUCUCCACCUUCCCACCCUCA